CCUCACUCUCAUCUCAUCCCCGUGAAGUGAACUGCAAAAAACGACGUCACUCGCGUGAGCACCACACCGCACCGCACCGCGCGCCCCACAGCACUAUCGCGACGUCGCCACCACCACAAAGCACGGGGACGGGCACCAGCACCGCCCUCCUCAGAACCCAAGAAAACUCCUAAGACACCCGCGCGGAUCCCCAGGAAAAAGAGGUCAUCGCAGAGUUGUACGCAGCACGCAGCGCUCGAUCCGUAGCCAUGGUCUCCUCUCCCUCCGCCACCGUUGUAACUGUGCUCCCCUUCUCUUGCCUCGUCUUGUUGGUGCUGGUCCUUACCCUGUGAGAUGCAAUGCGCCGCCAGACCCCUGAGCCGAAGCAGCAGCGGGGCAGCGGCACGACAGCGGCGUCGGGGAAGGUGGACAAGAAGUACGCGCACGUUGCCACGCCGCUCCACCACGGCAACGGCGACACAGCGAAGAAGACGCCGCGCGGGGCCAAGGGCGGUGACGGCGCCGACCCGGCGGCGUACGUCGCCGCUGUGUCCUGCUCCGACUGCCGCUUCAAGCAGCGCGCCCUCGCGCCGGCGUCUCCCGGCGCCGUCAUCCGCUCGCUGUUCGUCUCCCUCACCCGCCGCUCCACCCCGCGCUCGUCGCCGUCGCUGACGUCGGCCUCGGGCCCCGGUGGGGACGCUGGGGACGGCGAGCAGUGGCGCCUGGCCGCGGCCGACCUCUCCCGCCGGCUCGCCGCGUCCACGCGCACGCGGGACGAGGCGCUGGAGGAAACCACGCGCCUGAAGCAAUCGCUCGCCGAGCUGGAGCUAAAGCUCGCACGUCUGGAGGCACGCGUGCUUCCGACGCCCGCCGCCGACGCAUUCCCCGUCGAUUCAUUCCUCCGCGCCGUCUCGACCGCGCGCGCUGCUGUGCGGAGCCUCGCGCGCGCGCUCGCCACCCACCUCCGGAACCCCGCGAACCCUGGCCCGAACCUCGAGAGCUUCCUGAACCGCGCUUUCCACGCCGACUUCGAGCUCGACACUGAUGCCGACGUCCACACCCCGGACCCGGCGGGCCGGUGUGAGGCCAACCUCGCGGCGUAUCACGCCGUCGCGGCGCUGACGUGGGAGGAGGUCCUCCUCCACGGCACCAAGCACUACAGCGAGGGGCUGAGCCGGUUCUGCGACGCAAAGAUGAGCGAGGUGGUGUCCUCCCUCGGGUGGGCGCGCGGGCGGGCGUGGCCCGAGCCGCUGCUGCAGGCGUUCUUCCUGGCCGCCAAGGGCGUGUGGGGUGUCCGCCUCCUCGCGCGGUCCGUCCACCCGCCGCUCCCUGUGGUGCGCGCGGACCGCGGCGCGCGCUUCGACCCGCGGUUCAUGGAGGACGCGGCGGCCGGGCGCGUCGGGUUGCUGGAGCCGGCGAGCGUGAAGAUGAUGGUGGCGCCGGGGUUCCACGUGUACCUGGCCGGCGCGGGCGUGGUGAAGUGCAAGGUGGUGUGCUUCUACAGCAGCCGCACCGGCGGCCACAGAGAUGGCGGGAGCAGCGCCAACGGGGGCGCGGGGUUGGGGAGUAGCUGCAGCGUCAGCGAUAUGAAUGGGAGCGCUACAGACGUGGUGGAGAGCUGUAAAACCAGCUGGGUAGGGUAGUCAAAUAGGUAAAAAAACACGGGGAUUUUACUUGUCCGGUAAAAAACACGAUCUGCAUUUAGCCGCUUACCGCUGCUUGUGUGAUUUGUGAAUAUGGGGUGCUUAAGGGCCCGUUUUGUUGCCCGGUCUAGUUUGGCUGGUAUCCAGUGAGAUGAUAUCAUUUAAGCAAGUUGUAGCUUGACAAGCUAUAACAGUGAUUUUGCAGAGUCAAGCAGGGCAGAGCAAAAGAUUCUGCGUGUGCGGAGCUAGACUGACCCUCGUCAGGGUA